GUUUUUUCAGGAUUUGGCAAAAGUGCGAUUGGAAGACGCUUGUUUUCACGCGUUGAAGGGCGUGAAUUGUAGUCACGGUUAUAAUCUGCACAGAAUAGCAAUUCUUGAUAUUGAAACAGCAAUAUUGAAGAAGUGAAAGAAGAAUAUGGCUGGUUUGAACGAAGCUUCUGGUCCUGGUAUUCUAAAUGAAGUAAACAUAGGCUUAGUUGGCGAAACACAAAGCGGAAAAACAAGCUUUAUUAAAGCUAUAAUGAGAAACAACGCCAACGAACCACCAAAAACCACUGCCACGGCCAUGUGCUUCCUCCACCCUAACAGUCCAAAUAUAAAACUCUGGGACCUCCCUGGUCUUGGCACAGCACUUUAUCCCGAUUCCGAAGAGUACUUCGAAAGACUGGAUCUUGAAAAGAAGUACAGCGCGUUUCUUUUAUUUACCAGAGAAACAGAACUUUCUACCACUACCCAGAGUUUAAUUAUACGGCUUGAGGCUGCGUGGAAGCCAUUCGUAUUGAUAAAAUCGUUCAUUGAUGUUGACGUAGAUCAGGAAAAAAAAAGCAAUGAAAAUUUCAAUGAAGGCAACAUGAUGGUAGAAAUUCGCAAAAAACUCCGAAAAGUUUUGAAAGAUCUGGAUUGCGCUGGUGAGAAAAAAAUAAUUCUCAUAAGCAACCUCAAGCCAGAGAAAUGGGAAUUUUGUGAUCUGAAGAAAACUAUUUUAAACGAGCUGCCCAAACGUCAAUCCAGAGAAUGCUCGCUUAAAAAAAAGGAUGAUUUAGCAUUUAGGCUUGCCAAGCUUUCCUUGUUAGAAAAAGAGCAAACUAUUAAUGCUGGGAAAGAAGCAUGGCUUCAAUUUUUGAAAAAAAGUCAAAAUACGGCAAAGGAAAUUGAAGAGAAAGGGAUAGAAGGUGUACGGAGAGAGGUUGAGAGAGAAAUCGAUUCAUGGAGAGACAUUAAAAUACGUAUGGCGAUUAUCGGCGAAACUGGAUGUGGAAAAUCAAGUUUUACAAAUGCCAUUAGAGGAUUCGAAGAUGUUGGUGAUCAUGAUAACCUGAAAAUUAUAGCGAAAACAGGAAUAAAAGAAACAACACUGGUCCAAACUGAAUAUAAGUAUCCAGAUAACCCUAACAUAACGCUUGUCGAUUGUCCAGGUAUUGGUACGAGAAACUUUCGUGAUCUCGAAGCAUACAGCGAGAAUAUCGACAUUGAGACGUACGAUGUGUUUAUCAUCAUGACUGCGUCACGGUUUACGGCUGACACUGGUGAUCUGGCAAAGAAGGUUAGACUCCUCAACAAGCCCUUCCUUUUUGUUCGCACGAAAAUCGACGAUGAUCAACGGAACGAGCAGCGAAAAAAGAAGUACAAUCAAGUGGAAUUUUUGGAGGAAAUUAAAGAAGACUGUUUUCUUCAAUUAAAGUCAGAAGACGCGGAACUUGGCAAAAAUGAUAUAUUUUUGAUCAGUAAUCACUAUCCGCAUCUCUGGGAUUUCGCCCGCCUGAUAAAAGCAAUCAACAACAGAUUAACCAUUCAAAAACGCGAGUGCUUUCUUUUUUCCACCAUCGUUCUGUCUAAAGAUAUUUUAAGACAAAAGGUCAAAGCCCUUAGAGGUGGAAUAUGGAGAGUUUCUUUUUUUCAAUCCAUUUUUUGGAAACUGAUCACCUUUACGGAAUAUUCACGAAAAAGUGACUUUCGCAUCAUCCUCGAGAAUGUGGAAUUUUACAGGAAAAAACUUGGGUUUCCAAACGAGGAAAGUAGCGAAUUUAAGGAGAUGUCACCUGAGCUUCAAAAAGAAUUGAGAGAAUUCUUUUUGGGUUCAAUCGCCGACGGCAAAGGCGUGGAGUCUUGGCUCAAAAAGUUUGAUCGUAAAUCCGAAAAUGAAAAUACUGAAACCAGCGAAAAUAAUCAAGAUGAAAUUGCUUUAACGUCGAUCGAGCUAUCAGAAUUCCCACCUUGGUUGGACGUGAAUAAAGCCAUGGAAACGCCAUAUAGCUUCGUGUCUGGCACGCUGAAUCAAGUUUUGGAUGAAAUGCAGGAACUAGCGAUAGGAAUCAUAAACGAAGCCGUUGCAAGAGAACAAGCAAAGCUUGAUAUGACGAUUGGGAGGCCGCGACAAGAGAACCAGCAGACAGCUUGAUAUGCAAAAUGCCGGUCGAAUGCCUAUUUGAACAGACCUGAUUACAAAGAUAUAUUACAAGGUCGUACAUCUGACAUCUGUAUAACAUAGAGAUUUUUCUUGAUUAACAUUAGUCUGAUUUUCUUAGCUAUAGAUACAGUUUUUUACGAGUUAGAAGGAGACUUCAUCAUAUGUAAAAUAAAGGGGGUCUUGUUUUAUAGUAGGCAGUCCAAUGGUGAAUAUCAGCGAAAAAAAAACAGAUAAUGAUAUACAUUCUCAAAGGUCAACAUGCAGUGCAAGUAAAUAAGUUCGCUACACACAGAAAUGUCAACUUCAGCAAAGUGACGAUGGUUUUAUUCAAAUUUUCACUAUGUUUUAGUACAUUUCAUUUAAAAUAAAUCUUUCGCCACUGGGUUGCCUAUGGUUUUAUAUGUGACUUCAGUUUAAAAAUAUAGAACAUUAAAUCUCUAAGACUGCUCCAUUUCUUCAUAAAUAUGUAAUUUUAGGAAUAUAAAGCAUGAUA